AUGGACCACCCGCAGUGCCACAGCUUACCCCAGGACCUGUCCGACUCCUUGAAGGAGGCCACCAUGGAGGUGCACACCCAGGCAGAGAAUGCCGAGUUCAUGAGGAACUUCCAGAAGGGCCAGGUGACCCGAAAGGGCUUCAAGCUGGUGAUGGCAUCCCUGUACCACGUCUACGUGGCCCUGGAGGAGGAGAUCGAGCGCAACAAGGACGACCCCGUCUUUGCCCCACUCUACUUCCCCGAGGAACUGCACCGCAGGGCCGCACUGGAGCAGGACAUGGCCUUCUGGUACGGGCCACGCUGGCAGGAAGCUGUACCCUACACAGCAGCCACGCACCGGUAUGUGGAUCGGCUGCAGCAGGUGGGGCGCAGGGAGCCCGAGCUACUGGUGGCCCACGCCUACACCCGCUACCUGGGUGACCUGUCCGGGGGCCAGAUCCUCAAGAAGAUUGUGCAGAAGGCCCUGGACCUGCCCAGCUCCGGAGAGGGCCUGGCCUUCUUCACCUUCCCCAACAUCGCCAGCGCCAACAAGUUCAAGCAGCUCUACCGCUCACGCAUGAACACUCUGGAGAUGACCCCCGAGGUCAGGCAAAAGGUCAUUGAAGAAGCCAAGACCGCAUUCCUGCUCAACAUUCAGCUGUUUGAGGAGUUGCAGGAGCUGCUGACCCAAGACCCCGAGGACCAGCGCCCCUCACAGACGGCAGGCCUUCACCCCCAUGCCAGCAGCCAGGUGCAAGGUGAGGACCUCCUGGGCUCCCAUUGA